CAGAAACUUAAAAAGGAUCAUCUUUAACUCUUUUUCUGGUUUCCACCACUGAAGUGCAAAGGUCUUUCAUAAUCAAAGCUUCAGAGAAAAGCCAUGUGGUUAUCAAGAAUAUCUUCGGAUUUAUGGUUGUGAACUUUGCGUAGCGUUUGUUGAUGGGAAAUGCAAGAUCCAAGAAUGCCAGAGUCUGAGGAAAAUUUAAACCCAAAGUUACGGAAAAAGAAAAUCUCAACCCAAAAGGCUUCUCUGUUUCUUUUGCAAGGGAAUAAUGUCGAAGAGGUUCAUGGUGUACAGGGGCCUUUGUUACUGAAAGCUGGGCAGAAGACCUCCAAGAGAAACUUGAAGAAUGAAAUUUCUCCAUCAUCCCAGCAACCGGAGAGAUCAAACUCUGAUUCAUUGCCUGAUUCUUCUUCUACAUCUGGAAGUGAGUACCGAGCAUUGAGGCGGAAGUAUUUGCUGCUGGAGGAAGAGAGCUUUGCGUUGGGGGGAGAGCUGAGAGAGAUUGAAGAUGAGGUGAAAACCCUUGAAGAAGAGAAGCUUGCGCUGUUGGACCAGCUUGUUGUGUUGGAAGGCUUGCUUGUUCCUUCAGAGAUGCAGUCCUAGGGGUUGCAUUGACCUCGACUCCUAUUUUCUCUACGUCCUUGGUGAAGUUUGUGUGUUUGUGAUUACCGGGUUUCUCUAUUGUUUUGAUACAGUUUUUCAAAUAUAAAAAAGUAGGUCAUGUUUGACCCCUUCUGUAAUUAGUUCCAUGUUCAGCUCUCUUACUCUCUUGAUGCUUGGAUGCUGUCAAUGAAUUAGAAUGGGAAAGAUGGAGAGUGCAAUCAGGACAUUGGAUUUUUAAACCAGUUGGUGUAUUAAGGACAUCUUAAAUAAAGGAUGGUAGAGAAAACAUAUCAAUUAAACGUUUCUUUGCAUCUAAAAACUGAACCUUAUCUUUUGGUUUAUAGAUGCAAUAUAAGUUAUGGUU